GUUUCAAAUGAUAAAAGGCAGCAAUAAUAAACAGGGGACGCAUCAAUUCCUUGAGCUUUAGGGGAAAAGUGAAAUUACAGAUAUGCCCCUGGAUUCCGUUAUCUGCAACUUCCUUCUGAAGAUGAGAGAACUUUGUAACGGCUACUUACAGAGAACUCUCUCUCUCUCUCUCUUCUCUCAUCGGAAGAAAUGGAGGAGAAACCCCAAUUGUCGAUCAUCAAUAUUGAAGAAGAUGGAGGUGGUGGGGAGGAGGAGGAGGAGUUAUACGAGAAGAUCGAAGCGCCCAAGUUCGUGGACUUCACAGCCUCCUCCGAUCCCUACACUCCCGACGAUCGUUACUGGUUCUGUCUGCGUGUCGGAUGUGACCAAAAACAUGAAGAAGAAAUGGACCCUGAAGCAAUUUCCAAAAACUUUGUUCUUCGGGUCAUGGCAGCCAGGAGUCCCAAUAUCCGACUUCACAAAGCACUAAACAAAAAGGCUUCUAGUGUGAAUGAGAAAUGCCCACUUUCAGUUCCAGCAAAACCUUCAAAGUCUAGAAUAUCAAGAUUAGCAGUGAUUUCUUCGUUUUCUCAGAAAAUGGGUGAUGCAAGAGGGAAAGUUAAGCCUCUUUCCAAGCUCAGUUCAUGUUCAACCCCAAAUCCCAAGGUCAAGCAAGUUGCAGCCAAGUACUUAACUACUCCCAGGAACAAAAAUUGCCUUCCUAGUCCAAACUCCUUUCGAAAUGUUCAGAACCUGAAGCCAACAAACAUUGCAGAACCAAAGAAUAGAACGGUAGCAAAGGCUUUGGUUUUCCAGUCCCUAAAGAAAGUCAUCAGCAUAAAAACUUCAUCGGAAUUGCGUACUCCUUUAACGAAGAUUUGUGGAGGGAUGAAGAGGCUUGAAAUAACCAGUCAAAGGAAGCACAUAUUGGGGUAUUCUAACAAAUCAUCGAAGGACAUUAGACGCGAUCCUGACAAAUCAUUGCCUUUGAAUCCUUCUAGAAGAAAACUAGGUGUUUACAAGGACAAAAGCAAGGCCAAGGAAUUGUUUAGGCCUCCAAAUUGCAAGGAGAAGGGAAAUAAAUCUUUAAGAUGUAUCAAGAAGGGAAAUAAACCUUGCAACUCUAUGCCCAAAGAAACGGUUGAAAAUGACUUAAGCAGCAUGGAGAUUGACAUGAAAUCAAGGGAUGGCUCGAUAUUAGGUAGUUCAAGGAUUACUGAAGGAAAUGCAUGUGAGGAAUGGUUGUCAACUGAGAAAACAUCAGGAAAUUUGGAUACCAUAAAUUCUACUCGAGAAGAAGCUGUUACUUGCUUAGAGGUAGUGCCACUAACAAAGAAUUCAGACACGGUGUUGUUAGAUGCCUCAAGAGGCGAAAUGAGCACCUCAUCAAACUCUGAAGAAGGGUGUUUGGAAGAAAAUGAUUUCCCCAAAUUUGAAGAAAACUCUGAAGGGGGCAAUGAGAGCAGUGAAGGAAUUGACGAGGAAGGAAAAACAAAUGCAAGUUCGGAGAAGAGAGAAAGCCCAGAAGACCACAGCACCGAAUCUGAAAAUUUAGGAGUAAUAGGACAUGAAGGUGAAGCUGUGGACAGCAAUGACAAAGAACAUGCUUACAGUGAUGACAAAGAAAAUGUUUUGGCCUCUGAUGGUAACAGGUGUGAGGCUAGUUCUGGAAGAAAAAUAUUUCGCAAGCGGGAGACAAAUGAAAUUACUAAAAAGGUUAACCAAACACAGGACAAAAAAUUGAAAGAAGGGCACAUUGUCAUCACUCAAGGGUUGAAGUAUAAGAAACCAAAACCCACAAAUCCCAAGCCUUUCAGGCUAAGGACUGAUGAGAGAGGAAUUCUUAAGGAAGCAAACUUGGAGAGGAAAAUGCAAGCACUAGUUCCUCAUGAGGAAAUUGUAGCAGCCUCAACGCUCCCAAGCAGAAGUUUGCACAAAAAGCAUGGGAAUGAAAUCCAAAGAAAUGAGAAGUGCCUCGAACGAAGAAAGUGCAAUCACGAUACAAGUGAAAGCAGCGGAAAUGAAUUGCAGAAAAAUUAUCAAAAGGAUGAACCCAAACAGAGUCGAACAAUUUCAGAAGGACAAGCAUAUCCAAAAAUAGCUACUAUAACCCCACAGAGAUGUUCCAAAUCAACACAACAAAAACCUAAACCAAUAACCUCCAGACUUGAAUAUGGCAGGGAUGUUACUAGUCAAAAAUUAGAAAACAGCUUAAGAAAGACAAAGUCAUCUUCACAGCAUGAGCAGUUUAUUAGUCCCAAAGGGGUUGCUUCAACGAAGAAGGCAAUGGCUUGUGGUAAACAACUCACUGUGAUAAAGGAAAUAUCAUCAACAGCUUCAAGGUCCAAGGAAGCAGGAGAUCCAAGCCAUAGUGAUAUUAGCCAUGCAAAUAAAGCUGCUACUUCUUCUGCUUCCAGGUCAUUGUCACGGGGAAAAAGGCCUUUAACCAUUCCAAAGGAGCCAAAUUUUCACAACAUCCACGUACCCAAGUGUUGCGCAAGGAAAGUGGCUUAGGCGAAGUGUUAUUAUCUUCUCCUUGUUCAAUUUUUUAUUGAAUUAUAUUUGCUUGUUUAAAUUUAUUUACUUUCCAUUUCAUACACAACGCGCUGCAACUUUGUAAUAGUUGAGGUAAUUUAUUUCCUUGCCAUAUAUUUACUUUCCAUGCAAUAAAUUGUUUCGCCACCUUGAACAGUA